AAAUCUGUUGUCAUAAACUCAGAUGAUCCUAAUGCUCACUAAAGUUUUAUAACUACUCCCUUAGAUUUAUUGUAUGCCUGUGAUUUGAAAGUUAUUGGAGCAGCUGAACAGAUAAAGGCCCUUUCAUCUCCAUUAUUGUGGCUGUCCUCCUAAAGGAAAUAGUGAGGAUUACAAAGAAAGGGACGUACUCAUCAGCAACAGCCCAGUCUUCUACUGGCUACCUGCCGGGAUGUCCAAAAUAUUCAGACCCGGGUUACAGCAAAAAAUCCCAGAAGAUGCCUACUGUGAGAAGCACCGGGAGCUUCUGCAGCUCUUCUGUGAUGAUGACCAGACCGCACUUUGUGGCAAGUGCUUCCAGUCCCAGGAACACAAGCACCACUUGGUGUCUGGAGUCCGAGAGGCUUCGGAAAAGUACGGGAAGUUAUUCCAGGAGAUAUUGAACACAUUGAAGGAGAAAAUUGAAGUAGCUAAAAGUAUAUUGGCUGAUGAGCAAGAAAGAAUGGUGAUGAUUCAGGGAGAAGAACAGAAUUUUAAAGAGAUAAUUGAAUCUGAAUUAAGGAUAAUGUUUCGAGUGAUGAUUGAAGAGUAUAUGGUGUACUUCCAGAGCCUACAGGGGUACACAUUUGACCUGAAGUUCAGAGCAAUCACUCUGAAUCAAUUGACUGGGUUUGCCAAAGAAGUAGAGAAGUCCCAAGAAGUCCUACAGAAACUGAAUGAGUUGGGGAGAGAGAACAUGAAUAAAUUGAAGGAGAGUGAAGUCAGGGUCUAUAAAGAGAUCUGCAGCCUCCAGGAGAUCACAGAGAAGCUAGAGAAGUGUGAGGGAUCUCCCUUCAUGUUGCUCCAGAAUGCAAGAUAUUUUUUGAAAAGGAGUGAGUCACUACUGACUCAGUGUCUCCAGCCCGCCCAUGUCACAGACCUCAGUCUAUUCCAAAUCACAGGACUUAGCAAAUGGGUGAAGGUGUUCCAAAGACGUGUAACUUUGGAUCCUAAAACAGCUCAUCCCUGUCUGGUCUUAUCCAAGGAUCUGAGAAGCAUAGGACUCAGAUAUGUCCAGCAGCUUAUAUCAGGAAACCCAGGGAGAUUUGACUUCAGUGCUACUGUGUUGAGUGUGGAGAGUUUUACCUCAGGAAGACACUACUGGGAAGUGGAUGUAGAAAAGGCAGCAGAGUGGCAAUUAGGCAUAUGUGAAGAUUUUGCCAACAGAAAGAGUGCUGUACCCAAAGCUUCCAAAGAUACAAUCUUACUCACAAGAUCUGUGAUGGGUACCCAGUGUACCUACUGGGUCUCUCCCCCUUUGAAAAAGGUCUCCUGGAGAGAGCAAAUGCACAAAGUUGGAGUUUUCCUAGACUAUGAGUGGGGACAGAUAGCCUUCUAUGAUAUGACAGAGAGAUCCCUCAUUUAUAAUUUCUCUAAUCUCACCUUCCAUGGAGCACUCAGGCCUAUGUUUUCUCUUUGUAUACCAAAUAGAGGCACAAUUUCAGACUCUCUCAGCAUCUGCCUCCCUCAGUUUCCUCCUUAUAAUGUUACUGUUGGCCCUCCAUCUUCCUAGGUGUGAAAUUGAAGGUAAGGUACCAGAAAGUCGAAAACAUGACUUUAUAGAAGAACUUAUAUAAAGUAAUCCAGUAUGGAAUUUAGAGUACUUAACCCCUGUUCUGAAUAUUCCCCAAAACCUUUGCUUUCAUGGCUUUCAAUACCCAUUUAGUGUAAAAAGCUACCUUUGAGCCCAGUCACGAAUGAUAAUAAUUGAAGGACCCUGCAUGAAUUAGAAUAAGAAAUGUAUAUGCAACAUUAGAUAAAGAAAUAACCAUUAUGUUUUUUGCUGCUCCCCUGUCCCCCCACCUAGAUAGAGAAAUUAGAGUAGAAAUAUAUCCUGAGAUUCUGAGGAUCAGGUUAACUCUAGAGAUAUUUCUGAACGCAGAAUUCAUCAUAAUCAAAGCUUUAGAUUUGAGGAUAUCACAGUGGCAUGUGGCGUGGAGACACUGUUGACAUUGAGCCAUCCUGUUGCUGACAGAGUCAGAAACUCCUAACACUUACAUUCCAAGUAGAGAAUAACUUAAUUUGCAUGUAUAUUUUUUUGUGGGAAGAACAAGGAGGUGUUAUGGAAAAUGUGAAUGUUUUAGAAUUAUUUUUAAGUAACCUACUCCUUUCUUCUAAGGAAAAGUGGAUUUCUUAAAAGGACACUGAUAGACAGUUCAAUGCUUUGAAAUAUAUUGUAAUGUCUUGUGUUUACUCUCGCCUUUGUUCAACAAUCUACUGAAAAAUGUUUUUUUUCCUGUAGCCUUGCUCAGGGCUAUAAUGCUGAGAAGAUGACAAAAUA